AUGUCGGUGUUUGUGUCAAUUACAUCUCACGUUGUUAUAGCGAGCGAUCGAUACUGCAUGAUAACGUACCCGUUGAAACCACGGCUGACCAGGGCUAUUUGUUUUGUUAUCAUCGCCCUAUCGUGGACCUCUGCUACAGCACUCGCAAUUCCUAUAACAUACUUCACCAAAGAAUACGACCUGCGUGUUUACGGCUACCACAUCGUUUGCUACGAGAUGUGGCCGUCAGAAGUGCCCAAGAAAUUAUACGAGAUUGGUUUAUUACUGCUUGGCUAUUUAAUCCCUCUAGUCGUGAUUAUUAUCCUUUAUGGCAGAAUUUCUUACGUGAUAACGAGUCGAGUUUUACCAGGAGUGUUCACCGAGGCACAGGAGAGGCGCGAUCUAAAAAAGAAACAGAAAACCAACAGACUAUUAUUAGCAGUUGUCAUGACAUUUACGAUAUGUUGGUUCCCGAUGUAUAUGAUUCGCAUUAUCACUGAGAUCAAUCCAAAGGUAUUUAGCGGUGAAUACCAUGAUUUAGUGUUUUUUAUAUGUCACUGGUUUGCCAUGAGUUCAACCGUUUACAACCCUUUCGUAUACGCCUGGCUACAUGAAAAGUAUCGCCGGCGGUUGAAAUUGGCAUUUAUGGCAACAUGUUUCCGGCGUUCCGUAAACUACCGCCAACACAGCAAGGAGGGGGCGGCAACAACGCAUCCACAGUCUCGUGACUACGUUGCAAUCUCUCCCAAAUCGACAAGAUUUAUUUCCUUGCAAAUUUCGAAAUGA